AUGGAAGUCGCUGUGGCGCCGUUGCCCUUCCUCGCCUCCGCCGCCGCGCGGGUGCCGCAGCAAUGGUCGCUGCUUGCCCACCACCGCAACUCGCGCCAGCCGCCGUCGCAGAGGCACGCGGAGACGUCCUCCACCUCCACCUGCGGCGCGGCGGAGGGAACGUGCGACGGCGGGAGUGUUGGCGCCCCCGCCGGGGCGGUCGCCGCCUUGCCGCGUGGUCUGACGGAUGCUCACGAGGAGGAGACGCCGCCGCGCUCUCCGACGGUCUCCACCGUCUCCGUUCUCUGGCGGGCGCCGCCGAGCGAACCCCCCGACGGCCGCGGCGGCGCCGGUGGGGGAGGCCGUGGCUCAGCAGCGUCUGCUGCAGUGGAGCGGGACGGUGGGGGAAACAGACUACUAACGUUCCUGCAGCGGCGUGCCUCUCCGUGCCAGCACGCGGAGGCGGAGGGUGCGCUGGGCGCCUUCGCGGCGGUGCUGGCGCAGGUGCGCGCGGUACACCUUUCGCGGUGCCCCUUGUGUGCCCCACGUCGCCCACCGAACUGGUGGACCCCAGCACGGGAGGAAAAGCGGUGCCGCGAGACCUCGCAUGGCAGGCGCAACCGCAGCAUCAAAAAGCUGCGGCAACACAAAUACGACGACGGUGGUGAGGACGCGGACAACGAGGAGGAUUCGGAGCUGGACACUUUGGGGCGUCCACGCACCCCUAUAGACGGCGCAAUGGGAGACGGGGAGAGGCCGGGGCUGCUGCUAGAGAAGUGGGACACCAGAAACUGCUUACAAACAUCCUUGACGGUGGCGCAUCAGCGGCUGCGUCUAGAGGCAAUGGCGUUUCUUGAGCACGUCUACAGUCGCCGAGAGCAUCUCCACGCGACGCGCCCUGCCAUGUACGCUGUGCGUCCAGAUGCACAUCUGUUGCGGCAGGAAUGUGCCGCACUUGGUGGCAUCGUCCUCGUCGAAGCCCUCUUGCUGGGACUGUGA